GUAACAGGGGAAAAGACGCGCUUGAAGGUGUUAUUUUGUCGUUUUUUCGGUCGUGUGACGUGACAUGACAUUGUGUCGCCUGUGAAGCCAGUCCGGGUUGAGAUGAACGUCGGGGUUUCCCUCUCUGAGCCAGACACUUUGUGCUUCAGCGGUGAAUUAGACAACAGCUCCAUCAUCAUGCAGCUCGUAGAAAAAAGACGGAAAAGCCCUACAUGUUGAUUAUAUUUCGACACCGGUGCGAGUCUGAAUGAGAGAAAACCUUCCUCCCCCCUCCCUGCAAGCGGCUGACAAAACGGUCUCACAUCCUGGAGCUGCCUCACUUCUUCUCCUCUUUUCUCCCUCUCUUUCUUCAUCCGCCGGGUGUUGCAUACGGUAUGAUAUGUUGAUGACAUUUUUUUUGAAGUGGUCGUGCCUUUUGUUUUCAUUUGGGGAUAUGCGGAUCGGCGAGCGCCACGAAACGCAAACGAGAGGACCUUUUUCUCUGCCGUGAAAAUGAGGAAGCGCUUUCAUAGAGACCCAGAAAAUGGCAAGAAGGAGAUCUCGUCGUCCGUGGGCCCGGAUUUGAGUAAAAUGAGAAGGAAAGGAGCAAAUGCAACAGCAGCAUGAACAUUUACCCCCCUCUCUCACAUACACACACACACACACAGAGAAUGACACCAAAGGAGGUAAAACGGUGGAGGUAGAGAAGACGCAGCAUCAAUGAAGGCGAUCUUGACAAGUUUUAAGUCGCUCAUAAUGAACAGAAAUACUUUACAGCUCGAUUGCAGUUCGUUUCCACAAUAUUGAAAGAUUUUUUCCGGCUUUGAGAGAUUUCCUAACUCACCAGUUAUAUAUUUUUUUCGCAUUGCAUUUGUCUUUUUUUUUCAUUGAUUAUUAUUAUUAUCAUUUUAUAUUUUUGAUCCGGAUCCAGCCCUGACUAUUCAAUGGAAGUAUGUUAUCAGCUGCCGGUUUUGCCUCUAGACAGGCCGGUUCCCAAGCAUGUCCUCAGCCGGAGGGGAGCCAUUAGUUUCAGCUCCAGCUCUUCUCUCUUCGGGGCUCCUGAUCCGAGACAGCUGUCACAGAGACGUGGGGCCAUCUCCUACGACAGCUCAGACCAGACAGCACUGUACAUUCGCAUGCUAGGAGAUGUGAGAGUGAGAAGUCAGGUUGGAUUUGAACCGGAACGAAGAAGCUCCCACCCAUACCUGUGCAUCGACUUCCGAACUCUUCACGCACGGCUGGGCUGUGGGUCACCCAGCUCUGACCCUGAAAGGAGGGUCCACAGACUGCUCAGCUUCCAGAGGUACCUGCACUCGUCCCGCCUGCUGCGGGGAGUCCCCCAGCAGAUCCCCCUUCACAUCCUGGAUGAAGACUACACUGGACAGGCCAGAUGCAUGCUGGAGAAAGUCGGGAACUGGAAUUUUGACAUUUUCCUCUUCGACAGGUUGACAAAUGGAAACAGCCUGAUCACUCUGACCUUCCACCUGCUGAACCAGUAUGGCCUGGUGGAGCUCUUCCAGCUGGACAUGGUCAAACUCUGGAGGUUCCUGGUCAUGGUCCAGGAGGACUACCACAGCAACAACCCCUACCACAAUGCAGUCCAUGCUGCAGAUGUCACACAGGCCAUGUACUGCUACAUGCAGGAACCCAUGCUCGCUAGGUCUCUGACCUCCUAUGACAUCCUACUGGGACUGCUAGCAGCUGCCACUCAUGACCUGGACCAUCCUGGGGUCAACCAGCCUUUCCUCAUCAAGACUGACCACUAUCUAGCUACACUCUACAGGAAUACCUCAGUUCUGGAAAACCACCACUGGAAGUCGGCAGUGGGGCUGCUCAGAGAGACUGGGCUGUUCUCCCACCUGCCAGCUGAGGACAGGCUGAGCAUGGAGAGGGAGUUGGGCUCUUUAAUCCUGGCCACGGACAUCAGCAGACAGAAUGAUUACCUGUCCAGGUUUCGUCUGCACCUGAACCAGGAGAACCUGUGCUUGAGCAACGCCAGCCACCGCCACUUCAUCCUGCAGAUGGCUCUGAAGUGUGCGGACAUCUGUAACCCCUGCAGACCCUGGGAGCUGAGCAAACAGUGGAGUGAGAAAGUGACCGAGGAAUUCUUCAAACAAGGAGACAUUGAGAAGAAGCACAAACUUGAAGUCAGCCCAGUUUGUAAUAGAGAGAACAACACAGUUGGCAACAUUCAAAUAGGCUUCAUGACUUACGUGGCGGAGCCGCUGUUUGCAGAAUGGGCCCGUUUCUCCGACACGCGUCUGUCUCAGACCAUGCUGGGUCACAUGGGGCUGAACAAAGCCAGCUGGGGCGGCCUGCAGCAGGAACAAACCACUGUCUCCGAGGAGGCAGAGCCCAGCACCGCCGGAACCGACGCCGAGGAUGGCGCCGCCCGAAGAAAUGACAACACAGCUACCGCCACAGGAGGGACCAGCUCCAAAGAAAUACCUCAGGGAAGCAGAGAAUCCUGACACUCCUCGUGUGCCCUUUCACCUCGACCUCUUCACCCCUGGCCCCCGGCCUCAGGGCCUCACCACACACUGGGGACCGGGUGGGGCAUCCACAGCCUGCAGCCCUGCCGCUGCCUCACCUGAUCCUAACACUUUGUUUAUGUUUUGUUGCUUUUGCCUCCCAUCUUGAUAAACCACUGAUUUUAUUUAAUUUAUUUAAUUUUUAAUUCCUCUUUUUUGACAUAGAGCAAUACAUAGAUACCUCAUUUGGCUACUGCUGUAUUUUCUUUUUAUUUGCUUUAUUUUAUUUAUUUGUCCACUGUAGUUUUGGCAUUACUGACUGAACACACCACUUUUUUUGUGUUGGUGAACCUUAAGGGGAAAGCAGUAUAAAAACUGAAGACAUUUUUCUGGUAUUUUGAAGUGCCAUUUGAAAACAAAGAUUUUGAAGAAUGAUCUGAACUGAACUGUCUGAGACAACUGGAGUAUUCAGACAUGAGACCCUCCUGAGACUUUACAGUAAUGCCAUGUUGCAUUUGUAUUGAAGAUUCUUCCUCAUGUAAAAACAAAAUGAUAAAAAAAAAAAAAAAAAAAAAAAUGUGACAAGCCCAGUCCUUUUGCUGCCUCUACGAAGACUGUUUACUCACCUUUUUUCGUUUGUAGUUUCUUUUCCUUCGAACUGAAGUGAACCAUGUCAGCUUCACGGUUUGCCUUCGAAGCACAGAUGUGACGAACCACUUUUGUCUGAAUUGUCAUGCCCACUGUUUAAGCCAUGAGCAGAACCUUACUCAAACACACCAGAUGCCAUAAGUAACUCCACCUGUGCUACGAUGUGUUUUUGCACUCCCAAAAUAAAGAUGGUGUUGGAUGUGCAGCUACGUCUCCAUGAAAUGACACCUUGUAAAGGUAUUACAGAAAUUAGUCCUCUUUUUUUUUUGGAUGAUGUUUCCAGUGCUGGUUGAACUCAUGGGAGAGCUUUUCCCCCCUGCAGUUACUCACUGCACAUGCAUCUCACCUGAAACUCCACGCAACUUGACUCGCUCAGGGAUUUGCCAGUCUCUUAUCAAGAGGGAGACGGAGGGAAUUAGGGAGGGUGACCACGGGCGAUGCAAGGUUGUUUUUUUUUUUUCCCUGGCGAGGAUCUACUGAAGGAGACUCUCCCUCUCCGCAGAAUGUCUCUCAGAGCCACAUGCAACCUAAAAAGGACUGCUCGAUUGAUGCCUUAUAACUAUGCACAAACUAUGCUAAGUGACCAAACCAACUCCUGUCCCCAUCAAGUGCAUGGUGUGCUUGUCUUUGAAUGCACUGUCCAAUCCCUUUGCCUUUUUGUUGUGAGGAACAACUCCAGCUGUCUUUUUUUUUUUUUUUUUUCCCUCUUUUGUACGGAAACAAAAUGGUCAAGUAUGACUUUGAACAUUCCAUUUCUUUGUGUUUGGUUUGUCUACUUUGACUCUGUAUAGUGGCACAAAUUGUGUUUGUGUUUAAGACAUUUUGAAAAAUAACAGGUGCUUUUCUUACUUUAGCUGAUUUGUAUUUUGCUGUAAGUGCUGUAAGACUGUUGAUAAAACUGUUUACAAUUUGUUGCGACAGCCAUUUUUGGGAAGACAUAAGUGUCGAGCCAGAUUUUGUAAAGGCUUUGCUGUAUUGACCUUUUUGAUACAUGCCUGUUGCAGUCACAAUUUGAAUAAUAAAAACCUGUUGUUGA